CUGACACAUUUCACUUGUAUAUCACUAUCGAUAGAGACUUCGACCUGUGAAGAUGGCAGCACGAGGAGUACUUAUUUUUCUAAUUUUAUAUUUUGCUCUCCACCUCAUCCAGGCUAAAUAUAAGAAAACUAAACCCAACGUUAUUGUAAUCCUGUCAGACGAUCACGGCUACAGAGACGUCGGCUAUCAUGGAUCGUUAUUUGACACACCGGUGCUUGAUCAAUUGGCGGCUGAAGGGGUAAAGUUGGAAAACUACUACGUACAACCAAUCUGUUCACCGACUAGAUCCCAAUUAAUGACCGGUAGAUAUCAGAUUCGUUAUGGACUGCAACAUGCUGUUCUCGACCCAUUGGCACCAGCUUGCCUACCGACUGAUGAGGUGACACUAGCUCAGAAGAUGAAAGAAGCUGGUUACUCAACGCAUAUGAUUGGUAAAUGGCAUCUGGGCUUUUUCGAAGAGGCGUGUCUUCCGACCAACAGAGGAUUUGAUACAUUUUUAGGUCUGUUACUUGGUGGAGGGUUCCACUUUAGCCAUUCUUUCCCAGCCCCUGCUUACUACGACUUGCAUCGUAACCGCUCACCAGCAAAGGAUUUGAAUGGUACUUAUUCUACAUACGCGUUCACUGACGAAGCUGUCAACAUCAUAAACAACCAAGAUGAAGACACGCCCUUCUUCAUGUACCUAUCCUACCAAGCACCCCACGCUCCUCUUGAGGUGCCAGAGGAAUACAAGGACCCAUACCGCGGUAUAUUUCAAGAUGAGGACAGACUUACCUACGCUGCUAUGGUAUCAUGCAUGGACGAGGGUAUCGGGCAAGUUGUACAAGCGUUGAAAAAUAAGGGGACAUAUGACAACACUGUCAUAAUCUUCUCUAGUGAUAAUGGUGGCAGUAUACAAGAUGCCGGAAACAAUUGGCCAUUGCGAGGAUUCAAGUUGUCUAUGUUCGAGGGCGGUAUGCGAGCGCUCGGAUUUGUUCACAGUCCAAUCCUCUCUGAAAAAGUUAAAGGAACUGUGAGCAAUGAACUGUAUCACAUCAGUGAUUGGUACCCAACAAUCAUCGAAGGUAUCGCUAGAUCAAGCACACGUGGAUCGAAAUCACCUCUAGAUGGAAAGAACCAGUGGAGAUCUAUAAGAGAUGGAACUUGCUCUCAACGACAUGAGAUUCUGCAUAACAUUGACCCUCUUUGGGUUGUGCCUGGUGGUCGGGAUUGGGUUAAUGCCAUGAGUCCUUUCAACGUAUCUAUUAAUGCUGCGAUAAGGUUUGGAGACUGGAAACUUCUCACCGGAGACGAUGGACGAACAGGAUGGUAUGCACCCCCUGAUACCAAUAUUGCAUCAAUCAGCGGCCCACCAACAACCGACCAAAGGGCGUGGUUAUUUAACAUCAAGGAUGAUCCACUAGAAAUGAAUGAUCUUUCUGAAAAACGCCCUCGUGUUCUUAAGUUCUUGUUACAGAGAAUUCAAAAUUACUACGAGCAAUCGACACCUGUAUUUUACCCCGAUGUUCAGCCACAACUAGCUGACCCAUGUUCAAAUGGUAAUGAAUGUGUUUGGGGACCAUGGACACCUAUGUAAUCUCUAGGAUUUAACUAAGACUAAUGCUCAAAGAUGUUGAUAACAAUUUAGUAUUUCAUUUGUAUAGCGCGUUGUAAGGUGAGAUUUAAAACAUGUCUCAUAUCAAGGUUGUUGGAAGACAAUUAAAAAUCUGUCUAUAAAUCGCUCCCCCAAAAGUCAAUUAUUCAACAUCAAAUUAAAAAGUAAUAGCAUUGAACACUUCGUGAAAUAGUAAUUUCUAUAUUUUAACUGUCCCCGGCCUGAAUUAUUAUUUAUUGUUUGAAUUUAAUUGUCUGAAUUUGAAUUUUUAUGGUCGAAUAAAUAAAUGAAAUGAGUGAAAUGGAA